AUGAUAAAUGUUAUGCAUUCACUAGAGAAACCCCUAAAUCAGUUGGAAAAAUGCUUAGACCCCAAAUUAUGGCUUGCCUGUGCCGGUGGCAUGGCUCGAAUCCCAUCUCCGAACAGCAAAGUCUACUAUUUCCCUCAAGGCCAUGCCGAGCACUCGAACGAAAACCUCGAUUUCUCCAAAUUCCCGAGCAUCCCACCACUCAUCCCCUGCCAGGUGUCGUCCGUUAAGUACUCCGCCGAUCCCGAGACAGACGAGGUCUAUGCGAAAAUCCGGUUAGUCCCAAACGAGCUCGAUUUCAUCAAUGAAGAAAAUGGAUUCUUUUCCGAAGCCAACGAAAGCAUCGAAAAAGAAAAACCCAACUCGUUCGCCAAGACAUUGACCCAAUCCGACGCGAACAACGGCGGCGGGUUUUCGGUCCCGAGGUACUGCGCCGAGACGAUAUUCCCAGAGCUCGAUUACUCGUCCGAGCCGCCAGUGCAGACGAUCCUAGCCCGUGACUUCCAAGGGCAAAUAUGGAAAUUCAGGCAUAUUUACCGCGGAACCCCAAGGAGGCACCUAUUGACGACCGGUUGGGGCGUUUUCGUAAAUUCGAAAAGGUUGGUGGCAGGGGACUCGGUCGUUUUCGUGAGGGAAGAGAAGGGGGAGAUUCGGGUCGGGGUUCGGAGGGCGAAAUCGGGAAUCGGGUGUGGGCCCGCGUGCUUUCGAGGGUUUGGAAAGAAUAAUAAUACUGAGAAUGGUGGGGAUUGUGUGGGGUCGGUUAUGGAGAAGGUUUGCGGUGGGCGGGCGUUCGAGGUGGUUUAUUACCCGCGCGCGGGUGCGCCGGAGUUUGUGGUGAGGGCUUCGGAGGUUUGGUCGGGGAUGAGGGUCGGGUGGAGGCCCGGGAUGAGAUUUAAGAUGGCUUUCGAGACGGAGGACUCGUCUCGGAUUAGUUGGUUCGUGGGGUCCGUGGCGUCCGUGGGUGCGGAGGAUCCCGUUCGCCUGCCGAAUUCGCCUUGGCGAAUUCUCGAGCGAGUAAACCCGUGGUCGGUCGAGCUUAUAUCCGGAGUCUCGUCGAUCAACCUCUCCCACUUGGGCCUACCGCGAAAACGGCCACGUCAGCACGACUCGGAAUUUAAUCCCUUCGGCCGAGAAUUUGAAAUGGCGAAAACUUUUUUUAGCGGCAAUUUGUUGAGUUGUUCUCCCGACAUACAGGGAGCCAGGCAUGUCAAGUUCUUACAACCUUCGUCACACGACCCGUUUAAUAGUCUUGUAAGAAUUCCUAAGAAGAAUCUUCUUUUUACCGAGAGUUUGAUGAAGAGAGAGCCGUCGCCUGUUUUUGUUCUGUUCGGGCAGCCGAUUCUAACAGAAGAACAGAUGGAAAGUCGAAAGAAUGUGGGGACCACAUCGAAUGGGUCGGGAUCAGGGUCGGGAGUUGUUCAGAGUUUUCGACCGGAGGGCUUGUCGGAUGAAGAAUCUCUCUAGGAUAGAAGAACAAGUGAGAGUUUGGAAGUUUGUGUUUAAUGGCAAUUUGUACUUGUAGUAGUGUUUUGCAAUAUUGGGAUGUUAUUACUAUUGUUAUUGUUUCUUAUUUUUCAAGAUGUUAUGGCACAAGUUCUUUUAUGGC